AUGCGCCCCACACAAAUGCCGCGGGGAACUUUCGGUUUCUCUCGCGCGUCAUUUUCAGCUUUCGCACGCGUCAACGUGAUGGGGUCUCUUGAGGAAACAUGCGAGUCACUGCGCGCCCAGAUCUCCGCGACUGAAGAGCAGCUCGCUGGUCUGAAACGCGACCUCGCUCUCGCAGAAGCGCAAACGGAGAGAGAAAACCAGGAGAGUGGAGGGCGGUGGCCAUUGCUGCCGGAGGAGUACAAACGAUAUGGAAGACAGAUGAUUGUCUCUCAAGUUGGUCUCCAAGGUCAACUCAAACUCCGAUCGGCGAAAGUCCUGCUUGUUGGAGCCGGGGGCCUGGGAUGUCCGGCUGCGCAGUAUCUUGCCGGUGCUGGUGUUGGAACCAUCGGUCUCAUUGACGGGGAUACAGUCGAGGUAUCCAAUUUGCACCGGCAGGUGCUGCACCGGACAGCAAAUGUGGGGAAAUACAAAGUGGACAGUGCAAUUGAGUCUCUGCGAGACUUGAACCCGCAUCCCAAGUAUGUCGCGCACCGUACUCACCUCACCCCCGAAGAAUCCCCGGCAAUCUUCAAAGACUAUGACAUUAUCCUCGACUGCACCGAUAACCCUGCGACGCGAUACCUGAUCUCGGACACUGCCGUACUUUGCGGGAAACCGUUGGUCUCCGCGUCGGCGUUGCGGACGGAAGGCCAGCUGAUGGUGCUGAACAACCCCCCUCGAGCACCGGGUGACAAAACUGGAGGACCGUGCUAUCGAUGCGUCUUCCCCAAGCCACCCCCAGCAGAUAGCGUGGUGAGCUGCGCGGACGGAGGUAUCAUUGGACCGGUCGUUGGGACCAUGGGAGUCUUGCAGGCGCUCGAGGCGAUCAAGGUCAUCACCGCACCGGAGGUAGUCGAGGGCACCGCUCGCCCACGCGAUCCUCCAUCUCUUCAUAUAUUUUCCGCAUGUUCUUCACCUUUGGUCCGCACGAUUCGCCUCCGUUCGCGUCGGGCGAAUUGCGCGGUAUGCUCUGCUGAAGCAACCGUCUCGUUGGACACUAUAAAGUCAGGAUCCACGGAUUAUGUUUUCUUCUGUGGAUCUGCCAGUCUGCCUUCUUUGCUCAGCCCGGAAGAGCGCAUCUCUGCCAGGGAGUAUAAUCAAAAAUACUCAGUCCCCUCCGAAUCACCACCGUCGCACACGGUGAUAGACGUGAGAGAUGAGGCUCAAUUUGGAAUUUGCAGCCUGAAAAAUAGCAUCAACAUUCCUAUAUCAAGUGUUCUGGCGUCGAAUUUUGCCAAGCCAGCAGACGGACAGGAAGCUAACCAGAUACCCCCGUGGGUUCCGCCAGAACUUACAAACGAUACCGAUUCGACCAACCCAAUCUAUGUGGUUUGCCGCCUGGGCAAUGACUCGCAAAUAGUAGUCAAGAAGAUGAAAGAGCUUGGACUCGACCAACACGGGAAGAGAUUCAUAGGUGAUAUCAGUGGAGGGUUACGCUCGUGGAAAGAGCAGGUAGAUCCUGAAUGGCCUGAAUACUGA